AUGUUUCCAGGGAAUCUCUCUGUCUUCUUGUCUGGUCUCUCUGUCUCUGUGUGUCUGGUCACCGACAAUGGCACAUAUCCUUUCUGGAUCUGUUCAUUUACAUUUUCUUACAUAUUCAAACGCGGAAACCAGAGAGAACGUGAUCGUGAAAGAGCUCAAGCAAGAGGUAAUCACAAGCCUAAGCAACCUAAGAACGAUGGAUUAACCCCUGAACAACGUCGCGAGAGGGACGCGAGAGCGUUGCAAGAGAAGGCGGCUAGAAAGGCAGGACAGUCGAUGGGAGGAGGGAAGCACGACCAUUUCCUUAGCGUUGGAGGUAAAAUCAAGAAAUAA